CUGCUGCUGCUGCGAACCGGGUUCCACUCCACCUCACCAUCCUCAACCAGCCUCACGCCUCAUCCCCGCUGCGGGCAAUGACAUUGGUGGACUGAAGUGGGAAAUACACGAGAACACGCAAACAUGACGGUGGACUUUGAAGAAUGUAUAAAAGAUUCCCCCAGAUUCAGGGCUGGCGUUGACGAUGUGGAGACAGAUGUGGUGGAGAUCGAGGCGAAGCUCGACAAGCUGGUGAAGCUGUGCAGUGGGAUGAUCGAGGCGGGCAGGGCCUACGUCAGCGCCAACAAACUCUUUGUUAACGGCAUCAAGGACCUGUCCCAGCAGUGCAAGAAGGAGGAGGCCAUAUCAGAAUGCCUUGAAAAGUGUGGGGAAAGCCUCCAAGAGAUCGUCAACUACCACAUGAUUCUGUUUGACCAGGCCCAGAGGUCCAUCAAACAGCAGCUUCACACCUUCAUCAAAGAGGAUGUGCGUAAAUUCAAGGACACCAAGAAGCAGUUUGACCGGGUGCGUGAGGACAUGGAGCUGGCCCAGGUGAAGAACGCCCAGGCACCCAGGAACAAGGUCCACGAGGCCGAGGAGGCAGCACAGGCCCUGGUCCUCAGCCGCAAAGCUUUCAGGCACCUUGCGCUGGACUACGUGCUGCAGAUUAAUGUCCUUCAGGCCAAGAAGAAGUUUGAAAUCCUGGAUGCAAUGUUGUCCUUCAUGAGAGCCCAGUACACCCUGUUCCAACAAGGCUUCAACAUCUUAGAUGAGAUCGACCCUUAUAUGAAAAAGCUGGCUGCGCAGCUGGAUCAGCUGGUCAUCGACUCGGCCGUGGAGAAGCGAGAGCUGGAGCACAAACACGCCAUCAUACAGCAGAGAACUCUGAUGCAGGACUUUUCCUAUGAUGACCCCAAGUUGGAAUUUAAUGUGGACGCUCCCAAUGGCGUGGUCAUGGAGGGCUACCUCUUCAAGAGGGCCAGCAAUGCCUUCAAGACCUGGAACAGGCGAUGGUUUUCUAUACAAAACAGUCAGCUGGUCUAUCAGAAGAAACUCAAGGACUCUCUGACAGUGGUGGUUGAGGACCUGAGGUUGUGCUCAGUCAAACCCUGUGAGGAUAACGAGAGGAGGUUCUGCUUUGAGGUGGUUUCACCCACCAAGAGCUGCAUGCUACAAGCUGAGUCUGAGAAGCUGCGACAGGCCUGGAUUCAGGCCGUCCAGGCGAGCAUCGCCUCUGCUUACAAAGACAUCGCUGACAAUUACUAUAUUGAGCGUUUGGACCGGACAGCCUCGCCCUCCACCAGCAGCAUCGACUCUGCCAGCGAACCCAGAGAAAGGGGUGAUAGAGGGGUGAGGGUGGGGGGGGAGAGUCUCCUCCAGAGGCUGCAGAGCCUGCCAGGCAACGAUCUGUGCUGCGACUGUAGCCAGACGGCUCCGUGCUGGGCCUCCAUCAACCUGGGAGUGCUGCUGUGCAUCGAGUGCUCAGGGAUCCACAGGAGUUUAGGCGUCCAUUGCUCCAAAGUGCGUUCACUGACGUUAGACUCAUGGGAGCCAGAGUUACUCAAGCUGAUGUGUGAACUGGGGAACACUGUAAUAAACCAGAUUUACGAGGGACGCUGUGAGGAAGUGGGGGCUAAGAAGCCUGGACCCUCUAGUUCAAGGCAGGAGAAGGAAGCCUGGAUCAAGUCCAAAUACGUGGAGAAACGUUUCCUGAAGAAGAUGAGCGGCAGUGAGGCUUUGGUGGUGGGCGCGAGGAAGUCCCGCCCCUGGACGGUGAAGAAGUGCCAGCGACACAACAGCUCUGUGCGAGCGCCACACAAGGUCCGCAGGAAAUACCACCGCUACGAGCCAGGCAGCGCCUCUGCUGCAAAUCUGUCAGCAGCGGCGGCAGCAAAGUUUCGCAGAGACUCCCUGUUCUGCCCAGAUGAGCUGGAUUCACUAUUCUCCUACUUCGACACCGGCUCUGGUCCUCGCAGUCUCAGCAGCGACAGCGGCCUCGGAGGAAGCACUGACGGCAGCACUGACAUCCUGGUUUUUGGCUCAGUGGUGGACAGUGUCACGGAAGAAGACGAGGAGUCGGAGGAGUCGUCCAGUGGCGAGGUGGAGAUCGAGCAGGAAAUGUCAUCGGACCCGGAAGAUCCAAGGGAGCUCCAUCCCGGGGCGCUCCUCUACCGAUCCUCGCGUCUGCACAACCUGCCGCUCAUGGCCGAGGCGUUUGCACACGGUGCUGACGUCCACGCCGCGAGUGAGGACGAGGAGGGGAAAACGCCGCUCAUACAGGCCGUGACCGGGGGCUCUCUGAUAGCUUGUGAGUUCCUGCUGCAGAACGGAGCUGAUGUGAACCAGAGGGACAUGAGGGGCAGAGGCCCGCUGCACCACGCCACCUACCUGGGGCACACUGGUCAGGUGUGUCUCUUCCUGAAGAGGGGAGCGUCGCAGACGGAGGUGGACGAGCAGGGUCAUGACCCGCUGAGUAUCGCCGUGCAGGCUGCCAACGCAGACAUCGUCACACUAUUACGUUUAGCCCGGAUGAACGAGGAGAUGCGGGAGGCCGAGGCUCCGCUGGGUCAACCAGGGGUUGCCACAGGCAGCAGGAGAGUUAAAGCCAAGGAUGGUCGGGAGAGAGUCACGCCUCCUGUGUUGACGUCUUUCGCCAGUUUUCUCUCCUCGCGUCUCUCCAGCCCGAGAAGUUGAGAAGAAGGAGCGUUCAGUUCGGCCGCUGCAGGACACCAGAGUGACCACAGCUGACCACCAACUCAUCUCACCACUCUUCAGAUACAGAAGCAGUCCCUGCUGUUAGAAAAUACAUGUGGUGCCUGGGAUUGAGUGAUGCAGAUAAAGACAAAUGUGUCAAAACCCUGCAGAAUCUGAAGCUAUUUUAUUACUGAAUAUCAUUGUUCUCUAUUUCUAUGCUCAGUUUGUACAAGGGAGGUCAUGUCAUGUUCAAACAGUUCCUUUGCACAGUUAUUUGAGUUCACCUGACACCAGACUGUUUUUUUCGUAUAGGGGCACUUCAACAACAUAGUAUUGCACUUCCUUAAGACACAAAAGACAUAUACAAAAGGAGCCUUUAUACUCUCAGGUAUGGCUCAAUAUGCCCGAAUGUCUGGAUUUUUAAUAUCCCAUAAUUGAGCAUGAGAGCAUAUUUAACUGCCUGUUAAAUGUGCAUGACUCCAUGCCUCCUUAAAAUGGGCCAUCUCCAGGUCAAAGCCAAAAUAACACCAGGAAUUAUAAAUAUACUGUGCAACUGUUCCCACAGCUUAAAACUACUCUCUGUGAUGAGUAUAUUAUACUAGAGGUUUAAAAUCAGUGAAGUGUCUCAUUUUGUGUUGUGAAUAAUUACAUUUUAUCUA